AUGCAUUCCCCAUCACCCCAACUCCUGCGCGCCCUGCGCACUUCUCUAACCAGCACUCCUCUUGUGCGCCCGAACCCAUCUCAACACCUCCCGCGCGCCCUGACCUCGCUCAACACCACCCAACCCUCAAUCCAUGGCAUCCCAUCAAUCAGCCGCCACAACUCCACCUCAGUCCGUCCAGCACGCAUGGUCUCCCGAGCGCACGCCGCCAAACCAACCAGCCACGACCGCGGCCCCGAAUCCAAAGAAGACACACAAACCGACUUCGCCGCGCUGAACGUACUUGGCAACAUCCCCGCCCCGACAACAGCCAUCGAUGCCUGUCUGGACAGUGGAUUUCAUCUCAAUAGUGGCGUCAAGAUCACCGGCGGCGACGCGUUGUUGCUCGUCGGCGGCGAGGCGUUCGCCUGGCGGCCGUGGAAGGCGUUUGAGGAGAUGGAGACAAAGACAAAGGAUGCGAAGGCGGCUAUGAUUAAUGCCAAGGGCCAGUUUGAGGUUGACGAGCAAGUUUGGGGGCUUUUGAGUAUGGUGUGGCCGCGUCCAGAUAUGCUCAUUCUCGGGCUCGGGGCGUCCAUGUUCCCUCUCUCGCCGGAGACGAAGCGCCAUAUCAACUCGUUGGGCAUUCGUGUGGAUAUCCAAGACACCAGGAAUGCGGCGGCGCAGUUUAACCUGCUGGCCACGGAGCGCGGAGUCAACGAGAUUGCGGCAGCGUUGAUUCCGAUCGGGUGGAAGGGGAGGUCAUAG